CGCGCUUGGUGUUGUUUCUCGCUCAGAUGGUUUCUCGUUUGUUGAUUGGUUGAUAAGCCGUCAUUCAUCCUAAAGAGUAUUUUGCAUCGCAUUCAGUAAAUUGCUCUUCUAUUCACGCGGUGUCUUUUCUGCAGUGUUAUUGUGCUGUGAUUUUUUUAUUCCAAUUUAUUUAAUUUAUUUUUGAUACGUAAAUUUUUGUGUAAGUGAACAGUGAAUAAUAAAAUUAGUCCAGGCCUAAGAAACUGAUUGCUUAUUGAUGUUGUGAUCGUUGUUUUUGUGAUUUUACCUGUGUGACGAUGGCAGAUAAUACAAAAUUGACUGAUGAGGAAAGAACUGAGAUCAGAGAACAGUUCUCACAGAUUGACACAAGUGGUAAUGGCUACAUCGACCUCAAAGAACUAAAAGAUGCUCUGGACAGCGUCGGAUACAAAAUUCCACAAUGGAAGGUGCGGUGUAUGAUAGAGGAGUACUACGACAAUGGAUCGAAGCACGGCCGCGGGGUCAACGGGAACGUGAACGGUGACGCGCGCAAGAAUGGUAUCUCACUCACUGAAUUUGAGGAGCUGUGCGCCAAUCUCAAGGCGCAGCAGGUCGCGAGCACAUUCAAACAAGCAGUUAGUAAAAAAGAGAAUUUGGAACAUCUCGGUGGCAUGAGCGAAGCGUCCAGUGACGGCACGACCCAUUCAGUUCGUUUAGAGGAGCAGAUGGCGUUCUCUGGAUGGAUCAACAGUAAUCUGGAGCACGAUCCUGACCUCAAACAUUUGCUGCCUAUCGAUGCUGAGGGGAAACAACUCUACGAAAAACUGAAAGACGGUCUCAUACUGUGCAAAGUGAUCAACCAUUCGUGCCCGGAUACGAUAGACGAGCGGGCGAUCAACAAGAAGAACCUCACCCUUUAUACAAAACACGAGAACUUGACAUUAGCACUCGUCUCCUCGCAGGCAAUCGGUUGUAACAUCGUCAAUAUAGAUGCACAUGACCUAGCUAAAGGUAAACCACAUUUGGUCCUUGGUCUACUGUGGCAAAUCAUUAGAAUCGGUCUAUUCAAUCAAAUCACUCUUGAACACUGUCCGGGUCUCACUGAACUGCUCAAUGAUCAGGAGCGCAUCGAGGACCUGCUGGCGUUGUCCCCGGAGGCGAUCCUGCUGCGGUGGGUGAACCACCAGUUGCAGAACGCGGGCGUCACGCGCCGCUGCAACAACUUCCAGCAGGACGUCGCCGACUCGGAGAUAUACACGCACCUGCUCAAGCAGAUCGCGCCCGCAGACGCCGGGGUCACUCUCGACGCUCUCAGGGAACCUGACUUGAUGCGUCGCGCUGAGCUGAUGUUGCAGCAAGCAGCCAAGCUUCGUUGCCGUGCCUUCGUCACUCCUGCUGAUGUAGUAGGCGGAGUUUAUAAACUGAACUUGGCGUUCGUGGCCAAUCUGUUCAAUCAACAUCCUGGCCUGCAACCACAGGCUGAAUCUCAGCAGUACCACCAGCUCGACGAGACCAGGGAGGAGAAGACUUAUCGCAACUGGAUGAAUUCAAUGGGUGUGGCGCCGCACGUGAACUGGUUAUACUCGGACCUGACUGACGGCCUCGUCAUAUUCCAAUUGUACGAUAUCAUCAAACCAGGCAUCGUCGACUGGAAAAAGGUACACCGUCAGUUCUCGAAGCUUCGUAAGUUCAUGGAGCGUUUGGAGAACUGUAACUAUGCGGUGGAGUUGGGCCGCAGACUUGGUUUCUCCUUAGUGGGCAUUGCUGGAGCUGAUAUCAACGAGGGCAACGCAACACUCACAUUAGCUCUGAUCUGGCAACUGAUGCGUGCGUACACGCUGUCUGUCCUGACUCGUCUCGCCAACACCGGGAACCCGAUCAUAGAGAAGGAGAUAGUACAGUGGGUCAACAAUAAACUGCAGGCCGCAGGGAAGACAUCCGCCAUCAGAAGCUUCCAGGAUGAAGUGUUGGCUGAUGGCAAGGUGGUGAUCGAUCUUAUAGACGCCAUUAAACCUGGUUCCAUCAACUACGACCUCGUGCUGCCGGGCGGGAAUGAAGAGGAGAACCUAGCUAACGCUAAAUACGCCAUCUCAAUGGCUCGUCGUUGCGGCGCGCGAGUAUACGCCUUACCUGAAGACAUAACCGAGAGGAAACCGAAAAUGAUCAUGACAGUAUUCGCCUGCCUCAUGGCGCUAGACUACAUACCGAACAUGGACGCGCCGCUCAACAAACAGGACGAACCAGUACCCGUCGCGGCUUAUCUCGACGAUUCCAUGGAAUCUAUUGAGAUAGUGGACCUACAUGAUAGUGAAGACUUCAAUGACUCGGGUCUGGGUAUUGAGAAACCUGAUGGUUUAGAGCCAAAGGUCAAGGACCAGACUAAUAAGGUAGACAGUGGAUUAGAUUUCGAAGAAGCAGACGUUCAGCCAUAACAAAAAUGGUAUAAUCCUAGUAAUAUUUUAAUUGCAUUUACAAAAUGUAUAUUUAUAAUCACGGCUUCUUGAUUUUGUGAAUUGUUUCUUAAAUAUUUUUUUAGUAAAUAAUGAUAACAAGGUUUUGUUAGAACUUAAACAAAUGAUUACGGUUUAAAUUAAUAUAUGCGAAAACUGUAAUGAGUAAAACUACAACAAAUAAUUACAGAAAGCAAGAAUGAUAAAUAUCAGAAUAAAGUUGAGAAGACUUCGAAUUUUUAAGAAGUUAUUCUCCGAGAUUUUUGGUUACAAAUAGUCAUAAUAAAAAAAUAAAACAUUUUACUUAUUUAUUACGAUUUUGAAGGUAUGUUAUAGUUAUACAGUCUUGUCAUAAUAAUCCCGUCGAUAAAGCUAUUUUUAAAUAUGUCAAUUUUACAGUUGUCUAUUUAUUUUUAUAUUUUUAUAUAUUAAAGCAAAGUCUUAAGUCAGUAUCUUUUAU